UUUCCUGUUCUGGUAAAGUUCUGGAGUGGAAAGACAUCUCAAGUCGCGGCAUAAUGAUAUACAUGUUAUUUUCCUUGAUUGCUGUACUUGGACGUGGACAACUCUCUCCUGCGUCGACUCCAGCAACAAACUUGGCAUUGCAAUGCGGUCUCGUCAUCGUCGCCAAACGAAAUCAGGGACCGUCCGGUCAAUGGAAUGGUCAAGCCGGUCAUAACCUGUUCGUUGAAUGCAAUGGCACCGAUUCCGCCUUGUUCUAUCGCAACAAUCAACUACUGACGUUUGGCGACCGCAUAUACAAGCUAAAAGGAAACUGGUUGACCAUCCAGGCUGUCGAUACAUCCGACACGGGAUUGUAUUUCUGCACAAGACCGGACGGCACGUGUCGCAGCAAUGCGUUGUCCGUCAGAGUUCUGAAAGAACCGGAGCUGAAUGUCUUGACACCAAACGUGACCGUAGGAGUUGGACAGAAGAUUGAUAUUCGAGUUGGUGUUACUAACGUGAAAGAGAGUGGCCCGUUCAAAGCAGUUUGGAGUCACAAUGGACAACUACUAGAAGAGAGUGGUCGUGUUCAAAUAGGGACGGAGUCGAGUUGGCUUAACGUGAGCAUUUCGAACGCCAUGACGUCAGACAAGGGCAUCUACUUGUUACAUGUUAGCGACAACGUUAGCUCAUCUCAGUAUAAAGUCGUGGAGGUAUUCGUGAUCGAUCCAACUGUUAGUAAGGCGGUACACGUACCUACAGUCUGGAGUAGUGCUACCUCUCAUGUUGUGCAAGAAGACGAGGUAUCUGAGAUGAGUUCUUGGCGGCCUACAGACAAGCACAAUAGUAAACCAACACUACCUCCUAAUGGAAAAGCAUCUAGACAUGGGCAGAAACAAUAUUUUAUCGAAAUUGCGAUCUCCCUGCUACUGAACCUUGCUUUGUAGAAUAUGCAGCUGAAGUUGACUGUUGCUGUGCGUUAAUUAAUCACUGCCUAGCAGUGGCGUAGGAAGCGUAGCGGCUGGGGCGGCCAUGGCCGCUCCACUUUUCAAAAAGUGGCUUUCCGCCAGCUGCUCGUUGCCUGUAACUUCCGUUGUUAGCAUCAAAUGCGAGCAAACUUAACGUGCGCUAGAUUGCUCGCUGUACAGCGCACAGGCACGUCCGUUAUAUGGACGUGAUCACCGUUAUAGCCACGUGGACAACCCGGACACGUGUAGAUGUCGAGCGGCAACGCAUGCGCACUCACUCCAGUUUUAGUAGGCGAGGUUUCUUUGGACUACAGUGAAAGGGUCGACUGGAUAAGUGAUAAGUAGGGCUGCAGGGCCUUAGGAGCUGCAGGUCGGUGCGACCAGAGGCUGCAUGUGUGUACAACUAGGACCACACCUCCGUA